ACAAUGUCAUGUUUCCGAGAAAUACAUGCAGGCAAUGAAGCUUUUAAUAGACAAUACACUCUCAUAGGUCGCUUCAUAUAGACGCUCGAGGAUCAAUACGACGGCCCAAUAUGGGAUUUGAGAGGACAUGUUCUGCUUUACAAUCACUUUUGUGCGUGAUUCCAUUCCUUACAUUGCAAUCACAACAUGGCGAUGUCAUCAGACUGCGUUAGAGAGUGGAUCCUUUUGGGUAUGCUCUUUUCUCGAUCUCCUCAACUGGCACUAACUGGGAACAAUUAGGCAGUCACUUAAUGUGUCAUUACAAGGUUGUUUUAUUUUGGUCUGGAUGUAGGUCCAUGGUCCAAAUUGUCCUCGGCAGAUUACACUGGACCCUGUGUGCCAACGAGGACACCAAGCCAAUACAUUAUUUAAAGCAGUGUUGCACGAACCCUUCAACAUGACUCGUUAUCGAGUGGAUGUGGUAUUGGACGGUGAGACAAAUCGUACGUGGGUGUCGUUCAAAUAGCGUUUGAUAACAUGGAAUAUGUUUAAUUAUUCUAAAUUGACAGUUGUCAUAUUGCACACGCCCACGUGUCAAAAUCAAAAUGGUUCCAAAUUACAUGUGUAAAUAGUACGAUCCUGUUAUGGGUGUCGGUAGAACCAUGACGCUAGUUGGGUGCAAGCUGUUGACGAAGUCGUGACGUUAGCUUGAGUUGAACGUCAUGCAGGUGAAGAUUGAGCCAAAGUGCUGGGUUGAGGCGAAUGUUUGAACAGUGACAUUCGGACAGUGGUGUCAGUUGACUGUCUUUCGCUAGUUCAGUCGUGACGUUGGUUUGAACCGAACGGGUGGUGGUUAAGCCUUGACGCAUUGUUUGAACUGAAUGUUUUACGGGUGGUGGUUAAGCCUUGACGCAUUGUUUGAACUGAACGUUUUACGGGUGGUGGUUAAGCCUUGACGCAUUGUUUGAGAUGAACCUUUUACGGGUGGUGGUUAAGCCAUGACGCCGGUUCGACGUGAACGUUUUACGGGUGGCGGAUGAGCCUCGUUAUAAGAAGAGACCUUGUAAUCGAUGUUGGGAGACGGAGAUGAAGCAAGACACGACCACUGCAGGAACAACCGUUACAGCAACGACAUCAGAUGCUACGACAGUUGCAACGCGUACGUCGACAGCAACAACGACCGCAGCUACCAUUGUAACGUCAACUACACCCACACCUACAACACGUACAACGUCUGCAUUUUCAGACGCAACGACAACGACGUUAGCAUCAACAACCACUCCAACAACCACUCCAACGACUACACCAACAACCACAUCAACAACCGCCCCAGCAUCAUGUAACAUGACAAGAUCGUCAGGUACGACAGGUGUGUCAGGUUUUACAAGUUUUCUCUCCGCAAUGUUGAAUCCUGCAAUAGCAUCUGUCUGUAUAUCAUGACAUGCCGAGCCACCACAUACAGACUAGGUAUCUGCACAUUGUACCCCGGGACGUCUACUGCAGCAUCUGGGGACAUCGUCGACUUCGUCAGGCAUGCAUGCAAUAACGGUACAUUCUGCUGCAUAAGCUCCAGCACAACACAGAGGGCUAGUGGCAGUCCCCUUCUCUCCAUCAGUACUACUGCAUCUUUAGACGGAUGUGAAGCGAUCUGUCUCGCAGUGGCUGACUGUCAGGGCACAUACUACAGCGACAAUUCCUGCUUCUUCUAUACAACUACAUCAACGACAUUUGGCGGAAGAAUCGUUUUCUCCAGGAAGACCUGUCCUGUCCAAACUAAUCCUGGGAACCUUGCAUUCGAUGGUGCCUGCAAAGAACGCCCCAAAUGGACAUAUACUAGUUUCUACCACAACAACAACGUGUACAUCAUGCGGCGAUACCAACAACUCAGCUUCUUCUCGUAUUAUCCAUGGCAUUAUUAUCGCGUUCCUGAUUAUACAUAUUUCUUGGACCCUUUUCUAGUGCUCUUUCUUUUCGAAGAACUCUUGUGACUGACUGACAAAAUGGUGAUGACUUUGAUACAGCGGUGGAAGGAAGAAUUCGGGACAAUCUGACAAAAGGAAUAAAAACUAAUGAGUAAAUGUGUAGCGCAGAACCUUGAUGUGUGUAGUUCAGAAAUCCCUCUGCCCUAGGUAUUUACUGGCACUUAAUGUAGAAUACCAAAGAGCAUGGAGCACAGCUGUGCUGCAUCAGAUAAACUACAUCUACAAAUACAAUAUCGAAAGUAACGAAUCUUUCUCACCCGUAAUCACUUAUUUACAAGGAGAAAAUCCAUACAGUUCUUAGCUUUAUACCAGCUUUAAAUAUUUACUAUAUAUUAUUCAUGUACAAUGUUCCCUCUUUGUAUUGUUUCUUUUUUCACAGGUUAUGGAUGGUCUAAGGUAGCAUUAUUCACUGUACUGAGUUGCGGCCAUUAGAAAUACCAAAAUCCAUUGCGUGUUAAUCGUUUAUUAACAAAAAACGUGCUAUAUAGUGUAAGAAAUACAUAGGUCUUAGGCGGUUACCAGUUAGGCUAAAAGACAGGAAAGUAUAAAUUACCUUUCUCAUUGAGUAAACUAGAACUGUUAGAAUUAGCUUUCAAUAUAUAAAAUUGUUGCAUGAAAUUGAUGCAUUUACAAAAACAGCGAUGA